UAUAUCCAUAGUAUUUUGGCGAAAUGUACAACUAUAUGGAUAAUGACAAAAUAUAUAUAUAUAUAUAUAUAUAUAUAUAUCCUAAAACGCAACCGUAGCAUCUAUACAAGGGCUCUGAUAUAAGAAUGAUUAUAUCGCCAUCUAAUGGUGAGAAACAACUGAAACAAACAACGUGGGGAAAAACACAGGCCAACUUGCCAAGUACUUUACAUAACUUUGGAGAGAAGUUUUGUUUAUUAUUAUUAUUCUCCCAAUUUCAAAAUAACUUGGAUUAGGGCUACAUGGACGAGCAACUGUAACACGACAGGGGGAUGCGACAGACUCCUAAGGUGAUCAUCCCUCUGCACCCGAGUGUCAGGUAGAUUUCCUGCAAGGCGAUGCAGUCUUGCAGUCAGCGAAGUCUUGCACAAUGAAGAAAAUAUUCCAUUUCACCAAGAAGAAGAAAAGCUUCUCCCCCAAUGCAUCAGACACGACAAGUGUGUUAUCUGUCGGUUAUGAUUUAAAGGAGAAGGAUUUGGGGAAAGUGCACAAGGCUGCCGCGGCUGGUGAUGUAGUGAAGGUAAAACAGCUUGCGAAGAAAAAUGAUCUAAACCAGCUUGACAAAGAAAAUAGAACUGCACUUCAUAUUGCUUGUGUCAAUGGACAUGCAGAAGUGGUUCAGUUCCUGGUGGAGAGCAAAGUGAAACUUAACCUAUGUGACAAUCAAAACCGGUCCGCCUUGAUGAAGGCGGUGCAGUGCCAGCAGGAUCGUUGUGUUGCCAUCCUCCUUGAGCAUGAGGCUGACCCCAACCUCGUGGACAUCAAGGGGAGCACGGCGUUGCACCUGGCAGCGCGGAUCCCCUCACUCUCCGUCGCCGUCCUGCUUCUGGAGCACGAGGCCAACAUCAACGCACAGAAUAAGGAUGGAAACACUCCGUUGAUUCUGUCUGUGGAGGAGAACCAUCCUGAGAUGGCAGAGCUCCUUCUGAAGGAGGGUGCUGAUGUUGACCUCAUCAACUUGGAGCACAGGUCAGCUUUGAUGAUGGCCUCUUGCAAUGGACAAAUUAGUAUGGUUCGUCUACUCCUGCAAUACAAUGCUGAUAUCACAAUAAAGGAUGAUAAAGGGUGGACAUCUGAUGACUAUGCAGUAAUGAAUGGACAUCAUGCAUGCUCACAUUUGAUCAUUGAACAUGGGACAAAACACAAGUAUGAACAAUCUCCCUCCCACCACAACACUAGUAAAAAGAAACGAUCUGUGCUGGGUAGUGUAUCUGGCGACAUGGAGGCAGGCUUUUCAUUAGGUGGCCCAGCCACCGACAAAGAUGAGCUCCAGUUGUCAGGAGCAAUGGCAGCAGGGAGAGAUAUUGAAGACAACUCUCAAACUGACUCCAUCAGUAGAGCAUCAAAAAGCGGCCCUGCUGACUCAUGGCCAUCUUCAGAUGAAGAUGACGCAUUGGAUCUUAGUCCAAAGAAACCUGAAAAGGUUAACCUUAAGAAACUCCUGAGUGCCUCGAAGAAAGACCACACUGAAGUGUUGGCAGAUCCUGACAAAUUGUGGAGUGGGGAUGAGUCUGAGCAUGGGAGCCUAGAUGGAGCGGAAAGAAACCCACCUCUCCUCAGGGCCCCCCUGCUGAACAGCACUCCCAAGCACCCAGUAGCACCCUCUCCCUUUUCCAAACCUCCCCAGAUGACCUCUUUCCCUGUCAACCAAUCCCAAAAGGAAAAUGUGUCCGUGGAUGAGGAUGAUGAUGAUGAUGAUGAUGAUGGAGAAGAAGAGGAGGAAGAUGAGGAGGAGGAAGAAGAAGAUGGAGAUAAGUCAAACCCUGAGGAAGAGACUGAAACUCGACAUGGUACCGACACUUCAGUGAUGAAGAAUAAAGCCUCUCCAAAACCCCAACAGAGAGAUUUUCUGUCUGAGUUGGGUUUGGAAAAAGGAGAUGGAGAUGAUGAUUCUCCCUGGGACUCUGAGUCUGCCUCCGAGAGUCCAAGGAAACAACAUGGCCGCGGUCCCACCGCUCCUGCCAAGGCACACAGCACCAUGUCCAAUAUUUCAGGGAAUAGUGAAGACCUGUUAUACAUUCCCUCUUUCAUUAGAGAAUCAAGGAAUAGUUAUCUAAACACAUGGGGAGGUAUAGGCAGGCCUGCAAGGAGGAGGGAAAAGGAGUCGAGGGGAGGGCAUGAAAAUGUCAACGAGGAAGACAAAUGUGAAGGUACUGAGGAUACAGUGCCAGUUUGUCCUCAGCAACCUGCUGUGAUGAGGAGAGAGACUGUCUCUGUGCUAAGUAAGCUAAUGGACGCUAAAGGACAAUCAGACACAAAAACGGACCUUAUGGAAGAACUUGGACUUGGAGAUGUGGAUGAUCUAGAGGAUGGUUCCGACUGGGACUCUGCCAGCACUGCUAGUAAGGCCAGCCCAUCUUACCGGUUGGAUGAGGAACCGGAGCGGGAUACUUCCUCCAUCCCAGUACUAUCUGUUCUGCAGGAGCAGGAUCCGGGCCCUCCUGGUCCAGGAGAAGUGCACAGAAGCCUAACCCCUGAGAAAAGGAGAGCCUCUCCAUCUGCAACCUCACCACUGCCCAGUCCACGUCUUCGUAGUACCCUCUCUCCCCUUCGGCCCAAACCACAGAUUCACACCCUGAAGCCAGCUUCCCCCAGGCCUGAAAGUGAAGAGGGGUCUGACUGGGAUUCUGAAAGCUCUGCUGCUACCAGUCCAACAAAGACGGCAAAGCCACUGCCAAAAACCGUAAACACAGAUGCAGUAUUGACACCAGCAUUUCGUGAGCCUUCACCAGUGGAAGAAGGGACCAGUGAUGUUAGGAUUGAAGAAAAUCCUGAACAGGAUACAGAUGCAUUAUAUGCAUCAGAUUUUGGUCUAAAUCUAAGCCAGUGCCAGCUUCCUCCAAUGGUCUCCCAAACUGGUGGGGAGGAGGAAGAUCUGCAAGAUGCAUUCUGGGAAAAAAACUAUGAAAAGAUUUGGGUGGAGUUUGAAAAACGAGAAACAAAAUCACAGUACAAAAAUGUGGCUGCUGAGUUAAAAGAGAUGUUUGGCGAACUGACUCCAAACGAAUCUGGGAGUCCUGAGGGAUGUGCUGCGAAAGACAAACAACAAGAAAAAGACAUGGCACCUAGUACACCCAAAUCAGAAGUGUCCAUUGUGGAGGGGGAGGAGGAAUGUAAGGAAGAUGCCCCUGGUCAGACUCUAGAAGGAGAAGGGAACAAGAAGGAACGAGAGGGGAUUGUGAAGAAGGAUCUGAAACAUGUGGCUGUGGCAGAACAUGAACCUGAGAAUGAAGUCCGAGCACCCAUAGAGGUCCCGUCAGCAGAUGAGCCCGGUGAACUUGAGGAUGAGUCAGAAAAUAAGCCCGCAGUGGUGGUCAGAACUGUAGAAGAGGAGCCAAGUGAGGAGGAAGAUGAGAUUAUGAAAGAGGUAGCAACUUCAGCUGUGAAUGCCGAAGAGACUGAGGAGGUUGAAGUCAGAGUCAGUCCUGCUGCAGAGGACUCCAGUGAUGAGGAUGAUGAUGAUGAUGAUGAAGUAGUGAUCACAAGGCCCAUAGCCAGAGCGAGAAGCAUCAUGCUCCACCCCAUUCCUGAACAGAGGGAGUCCUCUGGGCAAGAGGACUCACAGUCCGAGGAGUCCCCUCGCCCUUUACAACCUCCUGAGAAGGAGGUCUGCAAGGAUGUAGGGGAGGAAGCUCUUACCAAAGCCCCAGUAGAAGACCGAGAGAUCAGUCUGCUGUCCCCAGAUCCUCCAAGAUAUACCCUUGAGGCUGAAUCAGAGGUGCAUCACACAAACCAAAGUGAUGGGGAUAGGACGGUGAAGCCUAGAUCACAGCCGCACAACGAUGACUUUAUUUUGGCCAAAAGUGAGAGUAAAGCAAAUCGUGCCUCAAGCAGAGCAACUCCUAGUCAGGUCAUCCACAGGUCAUCCACACAAAACUCUGUGGAAUACCGAAGCAGACAAACCUUAGAGACUGACAGGAAGAAUAGUGGGCCCCGCCAAGAGGUUCCCCAAAUUGUGCACUCUACCAGUUCACUCCGCCCCUCGACUCCUUCCCGCCUUUCAGAAGAAGAGCUGCAAUUGGACCUGCAGAGGUUCAAACACAAGACUUCUGAAGAGUUUAAAGCUAUGGUGGAGGAGAAUAAUACUUCUAUCCUGAAAGAUCCUGUGAAGGGAUCAAAUGCACAACAUGAACAUGACCUGGAAAAGGGGAUGAAAUUUAAAACCAACCCUGGAAACCCAAAACCUCAGCAAGAAGGAGCAGCAGGAAAUCCAAGGGAGCACGAGUUUAAAAUAAGGGACAGUGUUGCGCAAAAACUUCAGACUUCAACAACAAAAAGUCCAAGGAGCACUGGCAGGUCCCCAGCACAGGAGGAGCAGCCUGGUGGCGGUGCAGAGGAGGAGCAGGAGCUCAAGGCUCUAGGUAGUCAGGGGAGCCCGGAGGGGCAUGCAAUGGAGCAGGCCAGGGCUCUGCAGCACACAGCACACUUAAAUGGAGACCGCCUGUCUGUGUUUGAUGAUAGUACUUUAAGUGAGGUGUCGGAAGAUGAAGGAAGGUCACCACUUCCAGCACAGAACAUCAAGAGUGCCGGUGAAGUGGACAUGGCAGAUGACUUGGAUGACCUCACUCAGUCCUCAGACACAGGCACUGAGGAGUUGGACUCCCCCUCGUCUGGGUACCGCCAUGCGUCUAUGCUCAUCAAACAACUCGAUUCCACUUCUAUAGACUCUGUGAGCAUGGUGAAGCUGCAGAACAUGUUCCAGGAGUACGAGCACACCAUCCACCGGGAGCGCAGUCGCCACAGCCGGCUGGCCGAGAAGAUGAGUCAGCUGGAGCAGGAGCGCACUGAACUCCGCCUCUUGCUGGAGGAGACCCGGGACAGUCAGUCCAACCUGGUGCACCUCAAAAUGGAGCUGGAGACCGAGCUCAACAACCUCAGAUUUUUGCUGAAGCAGGAGCAGGAGAAGCACCACAACGCCUCCAUGUUGUAUGACAAGACGCGCGAGCAGCUGCGUCGCAAGGAGGAGCAGCAGAGGCUGGAGGAGGAGCAGAAGCAGAAAGUGGAGCUCACCAUCCGCAACCUGGAGCUGGAGAAACGCACUCUUAUCAACAGCAUGAAACAGCUGGAGGAUGACCGUAACGAGGCCCAGAGGCAGCUGGCUCAGGAGCGGAGCACUCGCGCUCUCCAGGAGGAGAUGCUCAACAGCCACCGCCGCAAGCAGCAGGAGAUCGAGGAGGAGAACCGCAAGAACGUCGUCCAAAGCAAAGAGGUGUUGUCCCAGCUGACGGAGGCCAGUGAUCGUGAGCGGGAGAUGAUGACGCAGGUGGGCGCGCUGCAGGAGGAGCUGCUGACCCUGCGGGCGGAGCUGGAGCGCGAGCAGGCCAGCAGCCGGCAGGAGGAGGGCCGUCUGUCGGAGGAGGGUGAGGCGCUGCGCGAGCGCCUGGAGGACACGCGCCGCGACCUGAAGCUCAGCGAGGAGGCGCUGGCCCAGGCCGUCUUCCAGUACAACGGGCAGCUGAGCGCCCUCAAGGCCGAGUGCCAGGUGACCGCCGGCCGCCUGGAGCAGGAGCGGACGUCGCGGCAGCAGCUGGAGACGGAGGCGGAGUCGGUGCGCGUGCGUUUGUCCGGCGCGCUCCAGGAGGUGGAGCGGUGCCAGGCGGCGCGGGCCGAGGCCGAGCGGGCGCUGCAGCGGGAGCGCGAGGAGCGCCAGCGGGCGCUGGAGAAGCGCGCCGGCGAGACGGGCGCCCACCGCGACACGGUGCACGAGCUCUCCCAGAAGCUGGGCCAGGCGGAGGCGCGCGCCAACAGCCUGGAGACCGAGUGCCACCGCGCCACGCUGGCGCUCACCGAAAAGGGCCUGCUGCUGGACACAGCGGCGCGGGAGCGCGAGCAAGCACUGGUGCGUCUACGCGAGGCAGAGGCGGCGCUGCAGGCCGAGAGGGAGCAGGCCACGCGGGCCGGCGCCCGCCAAGAGGCCACGCAGGAGAGGCUGGCCCAGGCACAGAGCGAGGGCGCGUUGCUCCGCCAGCAGCUGGAGGAGGUGCAGAGCAAGGGCAUGGUCAAGGAGCGGGCAGUGACAGACGCACAGGAGCGCUUUAGCGACAUUCUGGACAAGCUGCGCUCGGACUGUGAGGAGAGGGUGCAGUUGAUUGAAGAGAGGAGCAAAGAGCUGGCUGAGAAGAACGCUGACCUUCGAGACCAGAACCACAAACUGGACCAGGAGAAGGCCGACAGAGAGACCGCUCUAAGGCAGUUGCAACAGGAGUUGGCUGACUCAUUGAAAAAGCUGUCAAUGUGUGAGGCAUCACUUGAGGUCAACACACGUUAUCGCAGCGACCUAGAAGAGGAGAAGGCGCGCACCUUGAAAGACAUGGACCGACUGAAGACCAAGCUUCAGGAAAGUGAAGACCAGUUUGUGCAGGCUGAACGGCGCAUCAACAGCCUGAAGUGCAGCCUGGACGAGAAGGAGCGCGAGGUGAUCGCCUCAUCACAGAAACUCCAGGAGGUGCUGUCCGCCUCAGCUGCCUCGGAGAAGACCAUCAAGCAGCUGGAGGAGGCCAUGCAGAGGCUGGAGAUUGACAAUGCCAGGCUUGAGGCGGCCGCCAAGCAGCAGUCCAAUCGCCUCGAGGUGCUACAGAAAGGAACCCAAGAAGCUGCAGCGCCACCAGACUCUUCAGCAGGAGGAGGGGUACGAACUCGCUUGGAGGAUCUUGUGACAAAUCUGCAGAGCAGCAAGAUGACCUUGGAGGACCAACUUAACCGUGAGGUACAGAAGCAGAGUCUGCUGAGCCAUACUGUCCAGGACUCGCAGGCUCUGUGGGAGGAGGAACUGAAGAGCCGCUCGCGAAUUGGCAUCCGACUAGCGGAGCUGGAGAAGGAGAAAGGAGAGCUCAGCACCCAGAUGGAGCUGGAGAGGAAGAAGGCCAAGAAGAUUGGUGAGCAGAAAAAGUCUGUGGAUACCCGGCUGGAGCAGGAGAUGAAGAGAAACACCGAACUCCAGAAAGAAAUGUACAGGCUGAAGACGUUGGUAAAGACUGCUAAGAAGAAGCUGCGAGAGCAGGAUGGUGGAGAGCUGGCCUCCCCUCUCACGUCUCUCAGGGGGGACCUGGGCCAGAGGCAGUCGGACACCGAGUCCGCCAUCAGCCGCAUGAAGGCCAAGGUGGACGAGCUUCAGCUGCAGCUGGAGAAGGAGGCGUCGCGCUGCAGCCGCCUGGAGCAGGUGAACGGGGAGCUGAAGGAGCAGCUGGCCGCGCUGAAGGGCCUGAGCCGCAGUCACGAGCGGCUGGAGCGUAGCAAGCGGCAGCUGGAGGAGGAGCUGUCCGGCCUGCGGCGCCAGGUGGAGAGCGGUGUCAUGGACCAGAGCCAGGCCGAGCAGUACCGCCGCGAGACAGAGGAUCGCGCCCGCCAGGAGAUCCGUCACAAGCUGGAGGAGGUCAACCUCUUUCUGCAGACCCAGGCCGCCUCUCAGGAAGCUCUGGAACAAAUCAAGGCCGCCAACGAGGCCAGCCAGCGGACACAGCUGGAGCAGCGCAUCAAGGAGCUGGAAGUGGAGCUGGCGCGCACGCGGAGCACCCAGCAGGACAGCGCUAUGCAGCGCGAGUCCAGCCGCGCCGAGCUCGAGCGCUACCGCCAACUCUACGCUGACGAGCUGCGUCUGCGCAAGUCCCUGGCGGCCAAGCUGGAUCGAUGUAAUGAGCGUCUGGCGGAGGCCAACACCAAGCUCCUGAGCGAGCGGCACCGGAGCAAGUCCCUCAUCGCCAGCAGCAUAGUGAACGGCAGCCUGGGGGCCCCCUCGGUGGAGGUGGGCUCUCUUGGGUCACUGGGGGCCUAUGGGGGCACCCUGGGGCCCCUCAAUAGGAGCCUGGGGUUGGGGGGGACCCUGCUGGGCACCGUAGAUCCCCAGACCAGCCGAGUAGAAGCUUAUCUGGCUAAGAUGCAGAGUGAAUUGGAGAAAAACAUAUCAAAGGAGUUGGACCAUGCGACCGCAGAGCUGGACGGAGCUUCGCCACGCCUGUCCCCCGUGGGCUCGGCCUGUGGCUCCCAGAAGAGCCUGGCGCUGGACCAGGACCCUGUGAGCAGAGCCACGCAGCAGUACCUGGAGGUGCUCAAGAAGAACUACAUGAUCUGACACCCCCUUGAGAUUCUUGUUUACACGCGCGCACACACACACACACACACACACACACACACACACACACACACACACACACACACAACCAACCAACUACAGACAAGGCCAAAGCCUAGCUGCCCAUUGCCACUACAUUUCCUUUUGUACGUGUGUGGUUAUUUAUUCCGGCUUUUACACAAGAGGAUGAGAAAAAGAUGAUGCACAUUGCACUUAAAAUGCUCAGGAGCAAAGGGUGAAAUGGAGUUAUGUUUAGUGUAUUGUCUGUGAAGCCAUAUUUUAAAAACUGCUAUGGGUACGUGUGGAGUUGAACUCCUGAUGCUUUCAUUAUAUUUUUAUUUGACCUGUGAUGGUAAUUAUGGUUGUCUUUUGAUGUGGUUGUGUAAAAUCUUAUUUGUUUUUUGUAGUAAAUAUGAGUAUUAUAAGUGUACCAUACAUAUUAAUGCCAAGUUACCAAUCAUAUUUGGGACUUAAUUUGUUAUGGUGCAAUAUAUUUUUUGUCUAGUGAGUUGGUGUUAUGGUCAAGAAAAAAACAAUCUGAAAACGCCUGUUUUUUGUAAAAACAGAAGAUAUACUUGAAUGAGACAUGACUAGAUCAUCUGGUUAUCCAGGGUACUAUAAGCUGUUACUGUAAUUCUAUAUUUGGACUAAAUAUUGAUGCCUAUCAUUAAACUUCACUAAAUCCUGAGCUCUUCAGUAUUUUAGAGUGUGGAGUAUUAAGCAGUCUAAUAAAGAUAUACUUUACAGAAA